CUGAGGCUGGGUUCACCCGCAGGCUGAGUGGGGGGUUGCCUGGCCCAGGGCAGGGGUUUCGGCGGCGGGAGCGUGGCAGACUUCCUGGGCGGGGCUGCUGGGCAGCAGUGGACAGUGGACUCCGACCUGGGGCUUGACCGUCCUGGCCUGCGCCUCCUCUGGCCCUGGCCCUGUCGCCGCCGUCGCCAUGCUGACCCCCAGGAUCGCAGCCCUCUUAACUCUGCUCCUGGCCAGCAGCUCCCUGGGUCAGCGGGCGCGGAGACCCCCGCGGCCCCCGUCUCCCAUCAGCACCAUCCAGCCCAAGGCCAGCUUUGACGCCCAGCAGUUCGCAGGGACCUGGCUCCUGGUGGCCGUGGCCUCCCCGUGUCGCUACCUGCAGGAGCAGGGCCAUCGGGCCGAGGCCACCACUCUGCACGUGGCUCCUCGGGGCUCGGCCAUGGCCGUCAGCACCUUCCGGAAGCUGGAUGGAAUCUGCUGGGCAGUGCGGCAGCUGUACGGAGACGUGGGGCGUCCGGGGCGCUUCCUGCUCCAAGCCCGGGGUGCCCGCGGGCCGGUGGACGUGGUCAUCGGGGACACGGACUACCGCGGCUUCGCCAUCUUGUACCUGGAGCGGGCGCGGCAGCUGUCGGUGAAGCUGUACGUCCGCUCUCUCCCCGUGAGUGAUUCCUUCCUGAGUGUGUUUGAGCAGCGGGUCCAGAGGGCCAACCUGACCGAGGACCACAUCCUGUUCUUCCCCAAGUACGGCUUCUGCGAGGCGGCGGACCAGUUCCACACCCUGGACGUGCAGAGAUGAUGUGGGCGGCCGUCCCGUGCAAGGAAGCAGCCGGCCCGGAGGUGGACCUGCCGUCCCUCGUCCACCCGCCUGCCCCCACAAAGCCGCCCCUCCCCCAGGAGCUCCGUGGGCUCUCAUUAAACACUGCAGCCUCA